AUGGCAUCUUCUUCUCCUUCUUCUGGGUCAUCCACGGCGAACCAGAUAAUUCCAUCAAUCAACAACGAUGACAGUGAGAUAGGAGCUGCCGGCACGGCAACACCAAUGCCUACCAUGAACAAGGUCAUGUCGAGCGUCGCGAACCUUGCGCAGCUCCUGCCCACGGGCACGGUGCUGACUUACCAGGCAUUGGCCCCGUCCUUCACCAACUACGGCAAGUGCAGGACCUCCAACCAGUGGCUCACCACGGCGCUGGUUGCUGUCCUCGCCUCCGCCUGCCUCUUCUUCUCCUUCACCGACAGCGUCGUGGGUCGCCGCGACGGAAAGCUAUAUUACGGCUUCGCCACAUUGCGUGGCUUCAACGUGUUCAACUUCUCCAGCGAGGAGGAGAAGCAGGAGUGGAAUGAUCUCGACCAAUUCCGGAGGCUCUGCCUUCAGCCGCUGGACUUCAUGCAUGCCUUCUUCACGGCGGUGGUUUUCCUCAUAAUGGCAUUCAGCGAUGUGGGGCUGCAAAACUGCUUCUUCCCGGAUGGCAGCAGGAACACACAGCAGCUUCUCAAGAACCUGCCACUGGGAAUGGCGUUUCUGUCCAGCUUUGUGUUCAUCAUCUUCCCCACCAAAAGGAAGGGCAUCGGAUUCAAUGACACGACUCCUCGCCAGAAGGUCGUCCAUCCCUUGAACAAAGUUUGAUACCAGGAAUUAGAAGAACAAAAGAUCAGUGAAAGCGUACAUAGUUGCCACCCAUGUUAGACUAAGUGUUCAUAAAUAUUAUGCUGCCAUGUAAUAUGAUGGGGUGGAUGUUUCUAUUGUUUGUUUUUGUUUGGGUAGGGUUUGCUAUCAACUUUUUCGCUCCAUAGUGUGUGUGUGUGUCGAUUGCAGACAUACACGAUGUUGGUUUCUUAAUAUUGCAUGAAUUCACUAUUCUCUUCAGGUAUCAUCCUGAGUGUUCAACUUCCAGUAUUUUGUUUGCUGUAAUCAGACAAUUUAGUUCUAUUAUGUCAUA